AUGGGGGUUAUGUCGAGGCGGAUUGUGCCCGCCUGCGGGAACCUCUGCUUCUUCUGUCCUUCAAUGCGUGCAAGGUCAAGACAGCCCGUGAAACGCUACAAGAAGUUGCUCACUGAUAUCUUCCCUCGUAAUCAGGAUGCUGAACCAAAUGACAGGAAAAUUGGGAAACUUUGUGAAUAUGCUUUGAAGAACCCACUGCGAAUUCCCAAGAUCACUGGUAGCCUAGAGCAAAGAUGUUACAAGGAUUUGCGAAAUGAGCACUUUGGGUCUGUUAAAGUGGUGCUAUGCAUUUAUAGGAAGUUGCUAUCAUCAUGUAAGGAGCAAAUGCCACUAUUUGCCAGUAGUUUACUAGGAAUUGUUCGGAUUCUUUUGGAACAAAAUCGACAUGAUGAAAUGCGGAUUCUAGGUUGUAAUACUCUCGUUGACUUUAUAAAUAGCCAGAUUGAUAGUACACAUAUGUUCAGCCUAGAGGGCCUUAUUCCUAAACUUUGUCAAAUGGCUCAAGAAGUGGGAGAUAAUGAAAGAGCUCUACGUCUUCGUUCAGCCGGACUGCAAUCUCUGGCUUUUAUGGUGUGGUUCAUGGGCGAGCACUCUCAUAUUUCAAUGGACUUUGACACUAUCAUAUCAGUGACUUUGGAUAACUACGCGGAUAUCCAUACUAAACCUGGGAGUGCGACGGAAGACAGACAAUAUUCUGAGUCUCAGGACCAGUGGGUUCAAGGAGUGCUUAAAGCAGAAGUUCAUGAUUCAUCUUUUCCAGUUAUUAGUCAGAAGGUUCCUUCACUUCCAAACCUGAAAAACGCUGAUUUGGAUCCCACAAUCGAUGCCAACAAGAGUCCCUCUUACUGGUCUAGGGUUUGCUUGCAUAAUAUAGCCAGAUUGGCAAAGGAAGCUACAACAGUGCGUCGAGUGCUUGAACCGCUUUUUCAAAGUUUUGAUGCUGAGAACCAUUGGUCCCCAGAUAAACCACUUGCCUAUCAUGUUUUGAUGUAUCUGCAGUCACUUUUGGAGGAAUCAGGAGAUAAUUCCCAUUUGUUAUUACAUAUAUUGGUCAAGCAUUUGGAUCACAAGAAUGUUGUCAAACAACCUCGCCUACAAGCUGAUAUUGUUAAUGUCACCACACAAAUAGCACAAGGUGCUAAGCAGCAGGCAUCAGUUGCAAUUACUGGUGCAAUAUCUGACCUGAUAAAACAUUACGAAAAUGCCUACAAAAUCAAGCUGAGGUCUCGAGCCCUGGGAGUACAGAUAAAUGGAACCCAGAUCUUCUGUCGGCACUAG